ACUAACCAAUUAGAACUUCUUCCGAAAAUCUUCUAAGUUUAUUGUGUUUAAUAACCUCUGUACAUCUGUACUAUUACUAUUUACGAAAGCAGUCCGAAUGGACGGUAAGUCUGCGUUGACAUUAUUGAUGAUUUUUGGUCUUUUAAGAAACAUUCGUGUUCAUGGUACUCGAACAAUGAGUAAUUUUACGGGAAUACAUUCUGUUGCUUAUGUUACCGUUCCUGACAAUACAGUGGCGAAACAAUUGGCACAUGGAUUAGUAAAGAAUAAACUGGCUGCUUGUGUUAAUAUUAUUCCUCAAAUUACUUCAGUGUAUGAAUGGGAAAAUGAAAUAAAUGAGGAUUCUGAACUUUUAUUGAUGAUAAAAACAAGGACAGAUACAGUAGAUGUGUUGACAGAAUAUGUUAAGAGUCAUCAUCCUUAUAAAGUAUGUGAAGUAAUUACCUUGCCUAUACAAAAUGGUAAUGAACAAUAUCUAAAGUGGAUCAGUGAAAUAGUACCUCCUGUGGAUAAACGAAAAGAAAAAGACAAUAUAUAAUCAUUUUACCUAUUUAAUAAUAAAAUAAUAUAAUAUUAUUAUAUAUGAAAUUAUAAGAAAUAUGAUAAAUAUAUAAAUAAAUAAAAUUAUUAUUAUAAAAAUAAUGUAAUACAAUAAAGAAUAUUUGAAUAUGGAA